AAAAAAAGUAAUUAACAAAAAAAGAAAAAGAAAAAAGGCUUGGUAAUGGUAUAACUGCCAAACUGCAAGUGCAAGCUACGACAUGAAAAAAGAAACCAUACACCAGUAACUGUAACUGUAACUGUAACACCACCCAUCACUCCCCAGUCUUACGCACAAUGUCACUCCCACCAACUACUUAGACGGUUAAUUUAACAACAAAAUAAUAAACAAGUUUACUUGAAAGCUCCUCUUCAUCUUAAUUCAAUCUCAAAUUUAAUCAUUAUUUCAAACAAUUACCAUCAACAUUCCUCAACUACAACCACAAAUCUACAACUACGUACAACCAAAGUUACGUUGAUUAUAAUCCUUGUUACGUAAUAUCACUCUUGUUCAUCACACAGUCAGAUGAAACCGCCUCAGAUCAACAACAUUCAUCUCUUAUUAUUUCACCUAUUCUAGCACUUAAUUGGUAGAAGAAACCCAGAGAUUUGGAAUUAAUUAAGCAUAUACGAAGAAGUAUAUAUAUAUAUAUAUAUAUAUAUAUAUACAGUACAGCUGUUUCGACCGCGAUCCUAUGCUAUGUCAUCUUCCCUGGCCACUGCUACCCGUAUGCAUUUGCUUCCUGUUAUACCCGAAAAUGGAGGAAAGAAAAACUUUGGUGGCCAACACAAAAUACUAGAGUUACAAAGAGAGGUAUCGGUGCUGCAAAACAUGUUGAACCAAGAAGAACAAGUGCGUGAGGUGUUGCAACAAGCUUAUAAUCGAAAAGCUGGCAUGCCAUUCCCCAUCCCGGAUCAUCUUCCCUCUAGGAUGAAAGAGCUGUUAUCAGAAUUGGUGAUUGUUGAAGAUGAAAUUGUUGGACUCGAAACACAAAUUGAGCAUCUUCGGAAGGACGUUAAAACCGAGCAACAAGCGUCGAAACAAGUAAAAUCAACGCAGUUGCGAAGCAACACGAGUAUGGCCAAAUACAACCAACAAAGAGGCAAUAAUAAUAACAUUGAUCAACAACGAGUUGGUUACGAAACUAGGGCAUUACAUUUCAUUAGUAAAGCCAUUAAUGGUGAUUAUAGUCUUAAUGAUUUUACUAUCAAUGAGAAUGAUAUUGGAAGUCCCAUUGGAGGAGGGAACUUAUCCCCUUACAUUCAACCUUCUGCUGCUAAGCAAAACGGACUACAAGAUCACAGGAUGUCCAAGAGAAAUGGGGUUUUGAAUAAGCCGUCUGCUUCGCCUUUGCGAAGCUUCAGAGAUCCAACUCCGUUUAAGCCAAAAGAAAGGAGCUUAGAAGGGCGAUCGGAUCCUCCAAAAAAAUCAAUAUCAGGGCCAACCCAAUUGGAAGAGAGUAAUAAUGGAACAAAAUGGCAACCAAACAAAUUAUCUGAAAACAUAAUGAAAUGCUUAAUCCUGAUUUAUGUGAGAUUAAUUAGGAUAUCAAGACAAAGUGAACUUGAGAAAUCUGGACCCAUAUCAAGAUCCAUGUAUUCAUCCUCAAGCUUCAGGACCGAACCCGGGAUGAUGAGUUUGUCAACAAGCCUUAUUAAGGAGUCUAAACAACAAGACCCGUUUGGCAUUUUCGACAUCGAAGGGGCUAUACCAAGAGACAUUGGUCCUUACAAGAACUUGGUUGUUUUUUCUUCAACUUGCUUAGACCCCAAAUUUGUCUCCAAUUCUAGCUCAAUUCCCUUGUUCCAAAGGCUCAAAGGUUUAUUCAAUAGCCUUCAGAAGGUAGACCUCAAACCCUUGACAGAUCAACAAAAGCUUGCAUUUUGGAUCAACAUAUACAACGCUUGUAUUAUGCAUGGAUUUCUUAAAUUCAGCGUGCCUUCUAGUCCAGAAAAGUUGCUCAAUUUAUUGAACAAGGCAACACUUAACGUGGGAGGAAAAGUUGUGAAUGCACAAGCUAUAGAACGUUGCAUUCUAAGAAAACCAACAAUGAUGUGUUCUAAGGAUGGGAAGGAAGCCAUUAUCCAUGAGCUUUACGGUCUCCACACCAUGAAUCCCAAUGUCAUAUUCACCCUAUGUUGCGGAACCCGCUCUUCCCCCGCUGUACGAAUAUACACAGCGGAAGGAGUGAUGUCAGAGAUAGAGAAAUCGAAGCAAGAAUACCUACAAGCUUCAAUAUCAGUGACGAAGUCGAAGAAGAUAUGGUUACCAGAGCUACUCAUACAAAACAUGUAUGAUUUUGCAACGGACAUGGAUUCCUUAGUUGACUGGGUUUGUCAUCAGUUGCCUACUUCUAUUUCACUUCGAAAAUCUAUUGUCGAUUCUUACAAAGCCACCACCAAUACCAAUUCUAAUUCCAAUAGUGCUAGAAUAUCUAAUUAUUCUAUUAAUGUUGAAAAAAUGUCUUACGAUUUUGAGUCUCAAUAUUUGUUACAAGUAUAAUUAACUUCACUUUUAUUGGAUUCUGUAGUUUUUUUUUUUUAAGAAAUUAAUUACUUUAUAAAAUAAUAUUGUAAUAUACGAAGUAAUUAACUACUCCGUACUUUAUAAAAAAAAUGUAUCAUUCUGAUUAUGGUGAUUAAGUUGGUCCAUUAUUUCUCUUGAUUAUGGGGGUUAUAAACCCUUCAUUAUCAUGAGAUUAAUUGGUGACUCAAUACCAUUGGAUUCUUUUGAGUCCUUUCAUUU